AUGUCCUCGCCUCUUCCUCCUCCGCCCCCGCCGCAAUGGGUGGUCGCGCUGAACUCCCCCAUGCCACGUCCCACCAAAGCUGCCACCAGCAUUCAGGAUCCACCAGGCUUCUCCAGCACCCGGGGAGGUAAACAGCAGAAGCAGCAGCAGAAGCAACCGACCGAGAAGAAACCCGAAGAGACCGACGCUCUGAAGCUCAAGAAAGCGUGGGAGAUCGCCAUCGCCCCAUCCAAGCAGAUUCCCAUGAACGCGAUCAUGAUGUACAUGUCCGGAAACAGCCUUCAGAUUUUCAGCAUUAUGAUGGUCUUCAUGUUGUUCAAGGGCCCUAUCCAGGGUCUCAUCAACACUAAUGUCAUGUUUGCCAAGUUCGACACUCCAACUACGCAUGGACGUCUGUACGGAGUGAAGGCUGUUUAUAUUCUUAUGCAGUUGGGUUUAUUGGCAUUGGGAAUCUGGAAGGUCAAUGCCAUGGGACUGUUGCCGACAACAAGAUCGGAUUGGCUUGCAUGGGAAUCGGAACGGCAGCCUUUGGAGCAGGCUUAUUUUGCUUUUAGGUGA